GGGCAGGUGUCUGCGCACUUCGACAGCCCUGGCGGCAACAGUUAAAAAAUGGUGUGAAACGGCGACGGAGAACGCGGCGUGAAACUGUUGGAAGCCAUCGCUUGGUCCUCGUUUUGGUCCCGGGUCUUGGUCUUCCUAUUAAUCUCCAUCUCCGCCCGGUCACCAGCACACCAACGCACCACUUCCACUUCCGUUUCCAACGCCAUUGCCAUUGUCAGUUCCAGUUCCACUCCCCCACCAGCCAGCUCAAAACAACAACAACAAAACGAGUAGCUUGCAACUCAGAACUUAAUUCUGGAAUCUUAGAAUGGGCACCAUCUCAUCCGUGCUGCAGUGGUCGUGUACCAAGUGCAACACAAUCAAUCCCACGGAAUCGCUCAAGUGUUUUAAUUGUGGCACCGUCCGCAAGGUGUUCCCCCAACAACAGCAACAACUGCACCACCAGCAGGCGACGCCGCAGCGAAGGGUCACCGCCUCCUGGACAGCUGAUGAUGCACUGGAGCAGGCGGAGAAGGAGCAGGACAAGGAGAAGGAAAAGGAUAAGGAGAAGGGCAGGGCGGCGGUUGCCAGGAACGAGUACAAGCAUGUGUACAAGUCCCUGCUGCGCGGAUGCUUGAAAAGACCUCAGCGGAACAGCCAGAACCUGCCCGCCAAUUGCGUGGACUGCGAGGACACGCGCAAGUACAUCAAGAGCUCCAUCGAGCUGUACCGCCAUUUCUCCAAUCCGGCCCUGAACCGCCGGUGGGUGUGUCACGCCUGCACCACGGACAACAACUCGGUCACUUGGCACUGCCUCAUCUGCGACACGGUCAGCUAUCUGGCGCCCAUCUAUAAGGACGCUGUGGCCGCCGAUCGCGGCCAGGAGCUGGCUGGCAGUCUGGGCAAUCGCGGCGAGCUGCUGGCAGCGGACCACCAACACCACCAUCACCACUACCUCCAUCAGGAGCUGGAGGAGCAGCACCACCACCAGCAUCAGUUACAUUCCCAGCACUCGCACAAGAGACACCUCAAAGGUAGAUCUGUGUCGGGAUCCGGACUGCGGCGCACCCAGAGCCUGAGUACCGCCAUCGACAAGAGCGCCUCGGGGCGCAGCUGCCACAUUUGCUAUGCGAACAACCAGAGCAAAGACAUUUUCAAUUUGCCGCAGGUCAAGCCGGCGCCCCAGUUGACAGGUGCGGAUUCCCCCGUGGCCUCCUGCAGCAAUUCCCGUUUCGCCAUCGCUAACGACACAUUUUGCCGGCGUAAGCAGAACAACAACAACAAAAACCAGAACCACAAGGUGGUGCGCGAGAGCGGGGCCAAGCGAAAGUAUAAUUUCACCAUUACCACGCUCUCGCGAUCGGCAGCGAAGGACUCCGGCCAGAGCCAGAUGAAGCCGCUGCGCCAGCCCCUUAAUCUGAACUUGAAUCAGAAUCUCCAGCAGGAGCAGCAGAAGUCGGCAACGAACGCCCAGCAGCUGCAGCGGAAGAGCCAGCGGGAGCCAGCAGCAGUGAGUAUGAAUCCAACGCAGUUCACCAUUCCGCGGAACGGCGUCUUCAUAGCCGUCAACGAGUGGUCGGAGCCAGUGGCCAACAGCUCCUACGGCUCCUCCAGUUCCAACCAUCACCACCAUCAUCACACCAACAGCAGCACCAACAGCAACACCAACAGCAACACCAACAGCAACAGCAACAACAACAGCAUCAGCAACAGCAUCAACAACAACUGCAGCUCCGGCAGCAACAACAAGUUGUACGAGAACGAGUGCGUGGCCCUGGCCCAGCAGCAAUUGAGAGCAGCUGCUGCUCAGGCGGCACAGGCUGCCGCCACGGCGGUGGCUAUCUCCAGCUCGCCCUCUGGAAAGGCGUCGGCGGCGGAGACAAUGCCACAGCCACAGUCACAGCCACCGCCACAAGCCACCAUGCCCAUUUACGCGCAGGUAAACAGACAGCACAAGCUGAAGAAGAAGCAGCAGCAGAUUGCCAACGAAUCGCAAGCGAACAACAAUGGCAGCGGAGAGGCCACGGAUGUGGUUAGUGAACCCCUCGCGGGACUCGGCACAAGCACCGACGGAAGCGGCGAGGCCAGCGAGUCCGAGUCGCAGGUGGACGAGCAUUCCAUCUACGCCAAGGUGUGGAAGGGACCACGCAAGGCGACCGAAUCCAAAAUUUCGCAUGAUCCAGGGAGCGGCAGCCGCCUAGCAGUAGCCACAUCCGCAACAGCAACAGCAGCGACGGCGGCGGGAGUCGGAGCGAUAGUUGCAGCAGCCGGAGCAGUUGCUGCCACGCGCCACGAUAACAAGGCCCAGCUGGGCAACAGCAACAGCAACGGCAGCCGCAGCAAGAUGUGGACAUGCAUCAAAUGUUCCUAUGCCUACAACCGACUCUGGCUGCAGACGUGCGAGAUGUGCGAGGCCAGGCUGGAGCAGCAGCAACAGCAACAGCAGCAGCAACAUCAACAGCAGCAGCAUGUAGGUGUGUCAUCCCUUGUCCAGGAAAAAGAGACCCUGCGCGACGAGCCCUGGACCUGCAAGAAGUGCACCCUGGUGAACUACUCGACGGCCAUGGCCUGUGUGGUCUGCGGCGGAUCCAAGCUAAAGAGCAUCUCCUCCAUCGAGGACAUGACGCUGCGCAAGGGCGAGUUCUGGACCUGCAGCCACUGUACGCUUAAGAACUCGCUCCACUCGCCGGUGUGCAGUGCCUGCAAGUCGCACCGCCAGCCGUUGCUCUCGAUGGCCAUGGACGCGGUGCGGGAGCGACCAGAUGGCCAGUCGCACGAGGAGCAGGAUGCGGCGGCCACCGGGACGGGAGGCGGCAGCGGCAGCGGCGCUGGGGUCCAUCAUACAAGCGGCGGCGAGGUCAAAGCACCCACAGCUCUAAAUCUCCCGCUGGCGGCGGUGGCGUUGCCCAUGCCGCUGCUGCAGAUUCCAACGGCAACGGCGGCCGGUUUGCGUGGCUCGCGGAGCCCCUCGCCCAGAAUGCAGCCUCUGCCGUCGCUACAGCAGCCCCAGCAAAGGAGUUCCAGCUCCUCGGGCGCCAUCCCCAAGCGACAUAGCACCGGCGGCUCCAUUGUGCCCAGGAACAUCUCCAUCGCCGGUCUGGCCAGCUACAACCUGCACCAGGGCCAAGGCGUGGGUUCCGCGUCGGUGGUGGCCGCACCGGGUGCCGGGGUCGGUUCCAGCGCGAAGAAGUGGCAGUGCCCGGCGUGCACGUACGACAACUGUGCCGCUUCCGUGGUGUGCGAGAUCUGCUCGAGUCCGCGCGGCCUGGCGAGCGCUGUGCUGGGCGAGGCUCUGGCCAGGAAGUCCAUUCGGGUGGCCCUCACUCCGGCGGACAUACGGCAGGAGAGCAAGCUGAUGGAGAACCUGCGCCAGCUGGAGGAGACCGAAGCCCUGACCAAGUGGCAGAACAUCAUCCAGUACUGCCGCGACAAUAGCGAGCUCUUCGUGGACGACUCGUUUCCGCCGGCUCCCAAGAGUCUGUACUACAAUCCGGCGGGCGGAGCAGCCGAGGGCAAUCCCGUGGUGCAGUGGCGACGACCCCACGACAUCAACUGCGACGGCGGCGCGUACCCGCCGUGGGCUGUGUUUCGCACUCCGCUGCCGUCGGACAUUUGCCAGGGAGUCCUCGGCAAUUGCUGGCUGCUAAGUGCACUGGCCGUGCUGGCGGAGCGCGAGGACCUGGUCAAGGAGGUGCUGGUCACGAAGGAGAUUUGUGGCCAGGGCGCGUACCAGGUGCGCCUGUGCAAGGAUGGCAAGUGGACGACGGUGCUGGUGGACGACCUGUUGCCCUGCGACAAGCGGGGCCACCUGGUCUACUCGCAGGCCAAACGCAAGCAGCUCUGGGUGCCGCUGAUCGAGAAGGCCGUGGCCAAGAUCCACGGCUGCUACGAGGCCCUGGUCUCCGGUCGGGCCAUCGAGGGACUGGCCACGUUGACGGGGGCGCCCUGCGAGAGCAUACCGCUGCAGGCAAGCAGCCUGCCCAUGCCCAGCGAGGACGAGCUGGACAAGGACCUGAUCUGGGCGCAGCUGCUGAGCUCGCGGUGCGUGCGAUUCCUCAUGGGCGCCAGCUGUGGCGGUGGCAACAUGAAGGUGGAUGAGGAUGAGUACCAGCAGAAGGGGCUGCGGCCGCGUCACGCCUACUCGGUGCUGGACGUGAAGGACAUCCAGGGGCAUCGACUGCUCAAGCUGCGCAAUCCGUGGGGCCACUACUCGUGGCGUGGCGAUUGGUCGGACGACUCCAGCCUGUGGACGGACGACCUGCGAGACGCCCUGAUGCCACACGGCGCCAGCGAGGGCGUCUUCUGGAUCUCGUUCGAGGACGUGCUCAACUACUUCGACUGCAUAGACAUCUGCAAGGUGCGCUCCGGCUGGAACGAGGUGCGGCUGCAGGGCACCCUGCAGCCCCUGUGCUCCAUCUCCUGCGUGCUGCUCACCGUGCUGGAGCCGACGGAGGCGGAGUUCACGCUGUUCCAGGAGGGGCAGCGCAACUCGGAGAAGUCUCAGCGCUCGCAGCUGGACCUAUGCGUUGUGAUAUUCCGCACCCGCUCUCCGGCGGCGCCGGAAAUUGGUCGUCUGGUGGAGCACAGCAAGCGGCAGGUACGCGGCUUUGUGGGCUGUCACAAGAUGCUGGAGCGGGAUAUCUACCUGCUCGUGUGCCUGGCCUUUAACCACUGGCACACGGGCAUCGAGGAUCCGCACCAGUACCCGCAGUGCAUCCUGGCGAUACACAGCUCCAAGCGGCUGCUGGUGGAGCAGAUCAGUCCCUCGCCGCACCUCCUGGCCGAUGCCAUUAUCAGCCUGACCCUGACCAAGGGUCAGCGGCACGAAGGGCGCGAGGGCAUGACCGCCUACUACCUGACCAAGGGCUGGGCGGGUCUGGUUGUGAUGGUGGAGAACAGGCACGAGAACAAGUGGAUCCACGUGAAGUGCGACUGCCAGGAGAGCUACAAUGUAGUCUCUACACGGGGCGAACUCAAGACGGUGGACUCUGUGCCGCCGCUGCAGAGGCAAGUGAUCAUCGUGCUCACCCAACUGGAGGGCAGUGGCGGCUUCAGCAUCGCCCACCGGCUGACCCAUCGGCUAGCCAACUCGCGCGGCCUUCACGACUGGGGUCCACCCGGUGCCACCCACUGUCCGCCCAUCGAGAAUGUGCACGGACUGCACGCCCCGCGGCUGAUCACCUAGGCACAGAGGCACCUAGGCACCACGCAGGCAUCGAAUUGCGAAUUGGCAUCGAGAAUGGCGCGGAGGAAUAAGAAGCGAGCAGCACACAUAUUCCUUUCGGUGUCCUCUCUCGAUGUGUUCUUUUACGUAUCCUGAUUUGCAUGCGUCUCCGCUCAUUUCUACCCGUACUCUAGUCGAUGUUUUGUAAACGUAUCACAUCACCGCAAAAAACCAAAAGCUUAAACCAAGCAACAAACAAAGGAAACCAUAUAUAUGUGUAUAGAUCUGUGCAGAUAUGAUAUGUGUGUUUAUGUUCUAACGCGCAUUCUCAAUCCCGGAGCAGAUCGGUUGGGAUGCGGCGGAGUCCGGAAACUGAGAUCCGGAGGCCCCGCCACAAUUCUCUGAAGAUCAAAUAAUUUAAGUUUUGAUUUGAGCGCCGAUGAUUAUGGAUUAUAUAGAUAUGUAUUGUGAAUUUAAGUACAUCCAAUAUUAAUAUGUGUAUUGUUUUAAAAAUAAAGACUACAAGUUAUAAAAGCCAAAAA